GAACCGGAUUUAUUAUAUCCGGAUGAAACGAAGGAACCGGAUUUAUUAUAUCCGGAUGAAACGAAGGAAUCCGGAUUUAUUGUAUCUAAUCCGGAUUUAAAAUAUAAAUCCGGUUCUAACCUCUAA